AUGUAUUAUCCCCGUGAAACCGAAAAGCUGGAGCUGCCGUCGAUUUCCCAGGUCCACACCCGCGGUCCUGCUGAUAUUCCCUGGUACAACCACCACGCGGCCGAACGACCGCUAUUGUCUGGAGACAAACUGCCUGCCCUCAGCUUGCCCACAGCUCCUCAAGCCUCAUCCCGUGCUUAUCAAGACGCCAGCGUGAGCGGCAGCGCUCGUACUAGCCUGUCCGGCGCCUCGGCCGUCCAAGAGCCCCGGAGUCCACCUGCCGAUCUUGCUUCACAGGGUCGCCUCUCACUGGAUUCCGAGUACUCCAUAGUGCCCAGCGAGGCCUAUUAUCCCAGCCCGACCUCGCUCGGCAGCAUGAACCAGGCCCCACCCUACAUGGACGUGCAUCCUCAUAUGUCUUCCGCUCAAACAUACGCCCCGCAAGGUGCUACCGCGGGCGCCAUGUCGCAUUAUCCUUAUCACCAACAGCCGCCCGUGCUGCAACCUGUUUCCAGUUAUGGUCCAUCGUACCCCCAGUACGGAUAUCCCAAUGGAGUGACAUCACCGCCCACCGGACAUCCUCCACCGCCAAGCUCCAUGGGACAAAUGGCGCCCCAGAUUUUGCCAUUGCCAGGAGUCGGUAACCAUCAAGUGCCCGUAGGAUACGGCAAUACUACCGGAUCACCACUGCAAGGGUAUGUCUAUGAUUCAACUGGUCAGGGCGCUCCUCCAGGAGCAAAGCCCCGAGUCACCGCGACCCUGUGGGAAGAUGAGGGCAGUCUCUGUUACCAGGUUGAGGCCAAGGGUGUCUGUGUUGCCCGCCGAGAGGACAACCACAUGAUUAACGGCACAAAACUAUUGAACGUCGCGGGAAUGACUCGUGGUCGUCGAGAUGGCAUAUUGAAAAGUGAAAAGUUGCGCCAUGUGGUCAAAAUUGGGCCAAUGCAUUUGAAGGGCGUCUGGAUUCCAUUUGAGCGAGCGUUGGAAUUUGCGAACAAAGAGAAGAUUACUGAUCUUUUGUACCCGCUGUUUGUACACAACAUCGGUGGACUGCUGUACCACCCAGCAAACCAGAACCGGACAAACAUGGUUGUGCAAGAAUCUCAGCGACGAAGCAUGGAGGGUCCCCCCGUGGCGCCUCACCGUACUCCGACAGCCCCCCAGCCCUCUAGUCUGCAUCAUCAUGCAAUGCAGACCCCCAUGUCCGCGCAGAUGUCACAGCCGUCCUCCAUGGGCCAACGUCCCGGAAUGGACCGAGCCUUUCCUACUCCCCCAGCCAGCGCAUCUAGCUUGAUGGGUGUGACUAACCAAGGAAGCUCAUACGAAUGGGGUGCCCAGGGAAUGAACUCGGGGGUGCCGCAUACUCAGCCACUGGCGAUUGACACAACAUUGAGCCAUCAGCAACGUUCGAUGCCUACCACACCUGCCACCACACCCCCAGGUAACAACAUGCAGACCAUGCCGCCCUAUCAGACACAGUCCGGCUACGAGAAUUCUAAACCAUACUAUUCCGCCCCGCCGCAGUCUCACUCGCAGUACGCCCCACACACCCCGAUGACCCAGUCUGGUAUGCCCCAGUACGGCCAGCCAUUGCCGGCAGUCAACUAUUUGAAGAAUGAAAUGGCCCCUCCGACCGGUCGGACUCCAGGCGCCCCUGAGACAGAAUCCCCUGAUCUCAAGUCAGAACGCUACGCCCAGACCAAUGGUCCCGAUGAAUCUGUUCCCCCGCAAGAGCCUGAAUACCUGCAGGACCAGGGAUCUGGUUAUGGUGCCAACCGCGGAUCGUACACAUACUCGACCAACCAGUCGGUGCCUUCUCUUAAUGGAGAGCACUCACAACUGACCCCCGAGAUGACCGGUUCGCCACAACAGAACGGUUCGGGCCGUAUGACCCCACGCACUAGCGUGAGCGGACCUCCGCCACACUGGACCUCCGGCUACAAUACCCCUCCUCGUCCAUCCGCAGCGACCACACUCUACAAUGCCGUUAGCGACACCCGGGGUACCCCUGCUAAUGGCGUCUCCGAUCCUUACUCCAUGGGCUCCAUGAACGGAUCUACGUCUCUUGGAGGAUCGGGCGGUAAGCGGAUGCGUGACGAUGAUGAGGUGAUCCGCCCCGAGAUUUCUGGUGAGUAUGAGAGCAAACGCCGCAAGACUAUCACCGAUACUACUCUUGGUGGUCCUAUCAGUGGUGCUCCUCUCCUUCAACCCAUGAAGACUGGUGCUGUCAUGGCCGGUCGCCGCCGUUAA